CAGCUGUCACCACCAGAAACACUCUUUUUGCUCCACAUUGCACGGUUCAUUUUUAGUUUUGAUUUCACGCAGAAAAGACGCACUAAAAGCGCUUUCACAAGUUUUCCACUUGAAACAAAAGUCGGAUGCAUUUAAUCGCGUCAGCAAUUUAAGAAAGUGUGAUUAAUUCCGUGCAAUGAACUUCCAGGAGGGACUGAUUGCAGUGUUUUCCGUUCUUGCCUCUCUUCUCAUUGUGAUUGUGGUCGUUUGUUUGGGUUGGUACCUGGUGUGGAAGUUGUUCCUGUCGCGGUUUAAGCUGGUCCGCGAGCUGCUCGGUUUGGCUCAGUCCGCAGAUUCGCCAACACACACGGACGGUGCGUCGGCAGCAGGUUCCGGAGGGGACACAAGCAAAUCACGAAACGCCCGAAAGGUACGGAGAGAUUGAUCCCCGCGGGGUAGCUUCGAGAGUGGUUGAGAGAAAGCAAUCGUAAUCAUGAAUAUCCGCUGUGCAAAGCCCGAGGAUCUGAUGAACAUGCAGCACUGCAAUCUGCUGUGCCUGCCGGAGAAUUAUCAGAUGAAGUACUACUUCUACCACGGAUUGACGUG